UGCAACUAGAAAACAUGGCUGCGCCCGUCAGAUUAGUUUUCCCUGAGACGUUUCCAUCGCAUAUACCUGCUUUGCACGUUCUUAUCAAUAGGCAGGAGUUCAAUAAUUUCUUUCCAGGUUGCAAGGACUCGUCGCUGACGUUGUUGUACUCAUAUUGCAAGUCAAAGCUGGGUAUUCUGUUAUGUGCUUGUUUUGUAUCAGAUGAAGAAACGCCGUGGUGUGAGUCACCUGUGGUGUUGCACAACGGUAACAAACUUGCAUUAAGAGUUUUUGCAAGUAAAUUGUUCUACAAACACCAUGGACUUUCGAAGGCAUCAAAGGGUGUCGUGCGUCUCUUUCAACCACUGGUGUUAAGUAAAGUUGUUGUAGGCGCGCGUAGUAGACAAAGUUUCAAGUGGGCGACCUCCGACAAGUUCUCAAAUGGCUUGCACGUUCUUGCAGCUUGUCAGGACCAGGCGCUUUUGGCCAGACAAGGAGACCCACUGUCGUUACCUUUUCACUCUCUAGUCUUUGAUACCACGCAGGGUCGCCAUCUGGCUGACUUGGUUGUGCUGGAGUCCAGCCCUGUGACGCAGGGAGUCAUUACCGUCAACACAAGUUUGGUGGUUACUGACUGUCGAGACAUCAGUCCAUAUCAGACCUUGAAUGAACAGCUGAACCACAAUUCUACUCGUAAUUUGAUGUCUUUGAUCGCUUCGGACUUUGCCCAUUAUGCCAAUAGCCUGGGCAGUGGCAACUCUUUACUGGACAAUACAGCAUUGGUUGGCUCUGGAUUCUCUGGUUUUGUGCAGGCACUGGAAUGCAGGGUUGAGAUCAGAGUUGUUGAUAUUCUCAACCUCUGCCAGAAAGGUGAAAUCAUUUUUAGAGAAGGACAACAUGCUGGGUUGGACAUGGACAACACAAUCUUUCUCAGCAAGAAUUUGCUGCUUAAACUUGGGUUGUUUAAUGGUGAAUGGGUUGUGGUGUCUACAUUGUGUGCACCCUCUGAAAGGACCAAGGCAUCAGUGAAUUUAGAGCCAACUCAAAGUCCUGAAAAUUCAGAAAACAAGAGAGCCUCUAAAGCCCGACUAGAUAAACACCUUGCCUUGGUAGUGGUGGUAGACUUUGCCAAGAGUUUCAACACAGCUAUCAGUGACAAUGUUGGUGUUAUCUCCUUAGUUCAUUGGUUUAAUCUGACCAGUGGAGAGCCACUUCCUCGGGGCAGCAAGACUGUGAAAAUCAAGAGAUGGAAUCCCCUGUCUACUCUUCCAAGACAUCAGCUGUCAGAGAGCUCUUCCCGAUCAGCCUCACCACCAUUUGCCACAGAGCUCCACAUUGAGGCAGUCAGAUCACCAGGCGUAAGCUUACACAGGCUCUGGGAUGCACUUCUCCACCAAUAUUUUAGUACACCAAGGCUGGUGUGGCAGGGAGCUGUCUUAAGUGUUCCUACAACUGGACAUCCUGAGGUUAUUGAGACCUACUAUGAAGGAAUAACAAGGUGGCCAGUCUUGUGCUUUAAAGUGAAGAGAGCAUGUGGCACAGCAGACUCAGGACCCUACCUGGCGGAUACAACACACUCCCGUCUGUACUUGGAGGGCAGCACCAAUAGCCCAGCUCCAUGGUCUGGCUCAAAUGAUGCCUCAUUCUGGACAAAUGUGUCACCUGCUGGGCUGUCAAGCACUGUAGAGCAACUAGUGACCAUCAUGCAUCCCUAUAUCAGUGAGAGCUCAUCCACGUUCCAAGGAAGGGGCACCAUCUUGCUCAAAGGACCAAAUGGUUGUGGUAAAGUCACUGCUGUCCAGGCAGCAUGCCGGAGGUUGCACCUGCAUCUGCUGAAGUAUGACUGUGUCACGCUCUGUGCUGACACUGCAGCUGCCUGUGAGGCCAAGAUGAGAUCUGCAUUUCAGAAGGCGGAACUCCAUCAGCCAUGUGUCCUUCUGCUCAGGAACGCUCAGCUGCUAGGGCAACCACGGGAUGGCACAGAAACGGAUGCCAGAGUGCUAGCUGCACUGUGUCAGUUAAUAGACAAGGUCCCGUCCAGGGUCAUAGUGGUAGCUACUGUGAGUAACACAAAGGAGCUCUCCUCAGGUAUGCUGGCAGUGUUUGUCCACCAGGUAGUGAUCGAGCGCCCGACAGAGGAACAGAGACGAGCCCUGCUAAGCAUGCUCAGUGAGGGCCUUCCCUUGGGCAAGAAUGUCAACCUGAGCAAGCUGGCUAGGCAGACUGUGGGAUUUGUCCUUGGAGACCUUUGUGCGUUAUUGACUCUGGCUGGAAAAGUUGCACACAAAAGGAUUCUGAAAACAAGCUGGCUGUCCUGUAGCUUUCCUGGAGGACUGAGUUUGCAGCAGGAGGAGGACCUGUGUGCGUCAGGAGUGAUUGUCCAGGCUGAGGACUUCAGUGUGGCUCUGGACACUUUGCAAGAGAUGCACUCGCAGGCCCUCGGGGCCCCAAAGAUCCCCUCUGUCAGAUGGCAGGACGUCGGGGGCCUUCAGCAGGUGAAGAAGGACAUCCUGGACACCAUUCAGCUCCCUCUGGAACACCCCGAACUGGCAGCCAUGGGCCUGAAGAGAUCUGGGCUGCUGCUGUAUGGACCACCUGGUACUGGCAAAACUCUGCUGGCCAAAGCAGUGGCCACAGAAUGCUCUUUGACUUUCCUGAGUGUAAAGGGACCCGAGUUACUCAACAUGUAUGUGGGACAGAGUGAGGAGAAUGUCAGAGAGGUGUUUGCUUCAGCCCGUGGUGCAGCUCCUUGCAUAAUAUUCUUUGAUGAGUUGGACUCACUGGCUCCCAACAGAGGCAGAAGUGGAGACUCAGGAGGUGUGAUGGACAGGGUUGUGUCUCAGUUGCUUGCAGAGCUUGAUGGCCUCCACUCCACUGGUGAUGUUUUUGUGAUUGGAGCAACCAAUCGUCCGGACUUGCUCGACCAGUCCCUGCUCAGACCUGGAAGAUUUGAUAAACUCGUAUAUGUUGGGAUCAAUGACAACAAGGACUCACAGUUGCAAGUUCUAAAGGCCAUCACAAGAAAGUUCAGAUUGGAGCCUGGAGUGAGCCUUGCGGAAGUGGUGGCACGUUGCCCACCUCAGAUGACCGGAGCAGACCUCUAUGCACUCUGCUCUGAUGCUAUGAUGGCUGCUGUGAAGAGGAAGAUUCAAUGGAUCAGUGAAGGCCUGGAGGCAGAGGACGGAGAGCUGUUGCUCUCAGCGGAGGAUUUCCAGCAGGCUUUAUGCAACAUACAGCCGUCCGUGUCUGAACAGGAGCUACUCAAGUACAAACUUAUCCAGCAGAAGCUCAACACAAAGUAACCCCACCAAUUACACUUGGGCUCUUACACCAUCCAACUCAGGCACUUCAUUCCCAGAAAAUAACCCACAACUCACACAAAUCUAACACAUACAUGUAUUUACAGUGCCAUCACAUUAAACUUUACACUGCUGUCAUAACCUCAACCAUAUGACUGCAUACACAUCAAGUCAAUGUAAUUUCAGCAUUGUCAUUAGACAUUUCAAUGACCAAACAGUUUGUAAACAUGCUUGUGUCAUGUACAAAUAUUUGUUUUCAGACUUCUUUCUGCAUACUGUAUUUGGUCACACUUUAUAUUAAGCACAUUCAUUGACUAGUGAUUUAAUGUGGCAGGUUUCAAAAAGUGAAUCUUGAAGUGUACUUGUGAAUACAGGAUAUCAUGCCUGUUUAAAAUGCACUACAGCUUCCUUUUGCAGUUUCGUUUAGGUGUAAUACCAAGCUGUUUAAACAGUGUGGUCUAUUCAAUUAGAUUUGUAGGUGUAGUACCAAUCU